GCGGAGGUUGCGUAUGUGUAAAUGGUCUGUGCACUGCUGUGCUGUGGAUGGUCGGGAGAGUUUGCGUAAUUUGGAGAGAAUUACGCGUGGGUAGACGCCACGUAAAGAAAUCUUCAACAUCUCAAAAAGGGACAUUUCAGAGUCUCUGUUGAAUGUAGCUGUGGAAUGGAUUUACAGCCAGUAGAAAGGUGAUGCGGGUAGAACACCCUAUUGGAAAACGACUGUCACCUUUGCCUGUAGGUGUUCAAAGCUAACACCAUGCCAUAAGGAACUGUGUGCUACAACGAUUUUACUGUGGGCUGGAACUAUUCUUUUGGGCUGGGCUCCACUUUCAACAUGCUGAUAGCUAGCAAUAGCAUUUUCAGAGAGCUCUUCCAAUGUCUCUGGCCGACAGCAGGCCUCCGAGCUCCUCAGUCAGUGGAAUAGUCCUUAAUUAGGAACAACAAACACACUGCACCGCCAUCUGCUCUACAUAAAUAGAUAUAUUGGACACAUCAAGCUGCCGUGGAGAGGCUCAAGCCGGCAGCUGGCAGCUGGCACUUCUGCAUGUGUGCACCUGUGUCUGUAUAGUUAGUGUGUAUGUUUCCCUGUCUGCAUGUGUGUGUGAAUGUUCGCCACCUUGGAUCCUGCUCGGAGCCACACACAGCCCGGGCGCCCAGCCUUCGGCCCGGAGAUGCUGCAGACCAACAACUACUCCCUGGUGCUGCUGAUCCAGCUGAGCCUGUUGACCUUUGACCUGUUCGUCAACUCCUUCAGCGAGCUGCUGAGGGCCGCGCCCGUCGUCCAGCUGGUGCUCUUCAUUAUCCAGGACAUAGCCAUCCUGUUUAACCUGAUCAUCAUUCUGCUGAUGCUGUUCAACACCUACGUGUUCCAGGUGGGCCUGGUGUCCUUGCUGCUGGAGCGCUUCAGGGCCCUGCUGCUGCUCUCUGCCCUCUACCUGACCCUCAGCAUCUCCCUACACUCCUGGAUCAUGAAUCUACGCUGGCUAAAAUCAAACCGCUAUGUGUGGACUGAUGGUCUCCAAGUGCUUUUUGUCUUCCAAAGAAUAGCGUCCGUGUUGUACUACUACUUCUACAAGCGCACCACAGAGUACCUGGGUGACCCUCGGCUCUAUGAAGACUCGCCUUGGCUCAGAGACGCCUUUGCCAAUGCCAGGGCCCGCCAGUGAGCAAAGAGCAGUGUGUGGACAUGAAACUGGUAUGGACAGAUCCAAAAUAAACCCCUCCCCGUCCCGCGGACACAGAGAGACACUGCUACAGGACACAGAGAGACACUGCUACAGGACACAGAGAGACACUGCUACAGGACACAGAGAGACACUGCUACAGGACACAGAGAGACACUGCUACAGGGCACAGAGAGACACUGCUACAGGACACAGAGAGACACUGCUACAGGACACAGAGAGACACUGCUACAGGACACAGAGAGACACUGCUACAGGACACAGAGAGACACUGCUACAGGACACAGAGAGACACUGCUACAGGACACAGAGAGACACUGCUACAGGACACAGAGAGGCACUGCUACAGGACACAGGGAGACACUGCUACAGGACACAGAGAGACACUGCUACAGUGCGUGCAGAGCUGAAAUAGACGCUUCAGUGCACAGGCCUGAGCUAAUAUGGAGGGGGAAACCAGAGGGAAGACCUCUGUGCUCUAUCAGACAUGGGACAACUUUAACAAGGAGGGUCAAAAAUUAGAUUCUGCUUGGAUACAGCAAGCCACUUUACAGAUCAAGCCAGAUGUACAGGCAAACUGGUUUAGGGCCUUGAUUAAUGGACAGAAUGUUAUACCAAGAUGACUUUGAUGCUAACAUGUGGGAACUCAUAGUUUGAUGUGACAUUGACACAACAAGUUAUAUUUUUUUCACACUUUGAAACAAGGUUUGUCUGUGUCAUCUAUCAAUGUAAUUAUUAUGUGUUGUUUUUCAUGUGGAAUGAUUUGUGAGUUUGUGUGCCAGAUUUUCUUGUGAAGAUGACUGGAAAAGAAAAACCAAUAAUGUUUUAUGUGUUUUAAAAUGCUUACUUUUUUCCUGCUUUUUGUACAAAUGUAUUAAACAAAACCCAGACAGUACAUAAA